AUGGCGGCGGCCCCGGCGGCCGCACCAACUCACGCAUCCGUGUCCUCCUCCUCAGCGUGCCGCGCGGGAAUCUUCUCUAGCGGUACAUCCUUCCCCAAUUUUCGCUCCGUGGCGGCUUCGGCCCCUGGGUGGCGGCGCAGGGAGCCGUACCCGGCAGUCUCCGUGGUGGUGGGCUCCGCGCAGUCCGCGCCAGGAGCUGUAGCCGUCGACACCGAGGUUGACACGUUACUAGACAGUGUGAAGUGGGACAACAAAGGGUUGGCUGUUGCUAUUGCACAAAAUGUGGAUACUGGAGCCAUUCUUAUGCAGGGCUUUGCUAAUAAAGAAGCCCUUGCAAAAACUAUAUCAACCAGGAAAGCUACAUUCUUUAGCCGCUCACGGUCUUCCUUGUGGACGAAAGGGGAGACAUCCAUGAACUUCAUUAAUGUGCAUGACAUUUUCCUGGACUGUGACCGUGAUUCUCCCAAUGAAGGCAGGCAGGUUAUGACAACCCUAUACUCACUUGAAGAUACAAUUAGUAGACGACAGGAGGAGAUAGUCACUGAAGGAGGUGGCAAGCCAUCAUGGACGAAAAAACUACUGCUUGAUAACCAGCUACUUUGCUCGAAAAUACGUGAAGAAGCUGGUGAACUAAUUCAAACGCUGCUCGAGAACGAGGACCAAUCUCGUGCAGCUUCGGAGAUGGCUGAUCUGCUGUACCAUGCUAUGGUGCUGCUCAGAGUAAAGGAUGUAAAGAUGGAAGAAGUCCUUGAGGUCCUGAGGAAGAGAUUUUCGCAGUCUGGUAUCGAGGAGAAGGCCAGUCGCAAUAAAUCUUAG